AUAAUUUUGACACACUGUCAACGACCAAAUCGUAACAGAUGAUCCAGGUCAAUAUCAAUACAUCAUCUGGAACAAUAAACAGAUGACCUCAGUAUGUCUCUUUAGAAAACAUAUCUUUGUAGUAUGAAAGGUUGUUCACCAUGGAUGAAGGAUGUUCUGAUAUCCAAACUAAAUCAGGAUCAGAAAAUGAAGAACAGGUCAUUCAUGAAAAGUUAAGAAGACUUGAUUAUGGAACAAAUAACAUGGAUUUAAUUCCAUCCAAAAUAGGUAUUUCAGAAGGAAAUGCCAUGUCUGAAUCUCCAUCUACUACCUGCAAAGAAGGGAUGGUUGCUGUAGUUUCAUCUAGAACUGAUACUGAAAGUCCCAGAAGUCCUGUUAAUGAAAUGUCUUCUUCUGAUAGUAAUGGUGCCUCUGUAAUAGAUUCUGAAGAAAAGCCUUUAUCUCAUCUGAAAACUGGGCCGGAGAGUCUGUGUAAUGACUUUGGUUCUAAGCUUUUGAAUGCAGUGAGUGACAGUGAAGAUGAGCAAGUGCUCUUCCCAUAUGCAAAUAAUAUGUUACAAGAUGAAAGUGUUGUGGAAUAUGAAAGUACUGCCAAUGCUGCUGAAGCCUCAAAAACGGAAUCUGAUUCACCAUUUGAGAGCAGUGAGACUUCCUCUCCUAUUACAGAAGAAAAUGGUACAAAUUCCAGCCCAAUGUAUGAGAGUGAUGUUAGGAAAGUUGAUUUUUCCUCAACAUCCAAAGAAAAUCUUAUAAGAAUCAUAACGAGCAUGUUGGAUGAGUGUAAUGUUCUACAUCAAGUAAAGGAAAGAUUGGAAAAUGAAGUUGAUCGUUUACAAGCGGAUAAUUCUCCUGAAAUAUAUAGACUGCAGAUUGAAACACUCGAAAAAUCACUGGCACAGGCACAGGCUGAUAUCUGCAAUUGGCAAGCAAAAUUACAGCAAGCAGAAGAAAAUUACAUGACCGAAAAUAUAAAGAUCCGCUCUGAAUUAACAACACGCCUCGAACGUAUGACUCAGCAAUAUGAGGCAGCAAACAAAGAUAAAGAAUCAAUGGUCAUCAAGUAUGCUACAUCAGAGAGAGAGGUAAUAGUUGCAAGAAAACAAAAGGAGGUUAUUGAGAAAAAACUCAAGGAUAUGGAAAAAGAGAGAGAGCAACUUCAAAAUAAGAACAAAAUGUUGGUGUCAGAAAGAGCCCGGUUGUGCCAGACUUUGGAUACAAAGGUACAAAAAAAUAAUUUCAACCAGAGAGAAAUAGAAAGGUUAAAAGAAGAGGUGAGCAGCAGAGAAGUCAAGAUUAAGUGGGCACAGACAAAACUGAAAUCUGAGAUGGAUGCUCAUAAGGAAACUCAGGGAAAAUUAGAUCGUGCACUAAUGAAAAUAACAAAACACGAAGAAGAACUCAAAUCCAUCAGGGAUGAGGCUGAAAAGCUAGUUCGAGAUACCAAAGAAAAUGAAAAUUCUAGGGCCAACGUACUAGAUAUGCAGCUCAAGGAAGAAAAGGCAAGAUUGAUCAUGGAGAGGAAAGCAAAUGAGGAUAAGGGAUCAGCGUUUCAUAAAAUUCAGUCAGAACUAGAGACCUUAAGAACAAAGCAUUCUGCUCUGGUAGAUGAGGCAAAUUCACUAAGAUCUAGGGUAACAAACUUUGAGGCGGAGCAAGAAGAGACUGAAAAGUUGUUUUCAAGCUUACGUUCGGAAGUGACUAGCACACGUCAGCAGGUUGCAGAUCUCAAUUUACAACUCUCCAACUCAUCUCAUUUACAGGAGCAGUUACAAGAGGAAAGAAAACAACUUGCCACAGCCAACCAAGAGGUUGAAAGAUUGCAAUCUCUUAACAAUGAAAUCGAAGGUGACCUUUUGUCAUGCCGUCAGAAAGAAGCUGAACUCUUGGCCUUCACCCAAAAGUUGACUGAUAAAAAUGUACAAAUUCAAAGUCAGUUCUCAGCUCUGCAGUCAAAGGCACAGUUAUUAGAAAUUGAACGUGAAGAAGUGAAAACAGAGCUGGAAGAAGUCAGGGCACAGAAGUCAAAGCUAAAAUCUGAUCUCACUAAGGAAAAUCAAAAUCAGAAUGCUCAGGUUGAGAGCCUUCGAAAUCAACUAGCUGAGAAAAUAGAAGAAACGAGGAAACUCACCAUAAAAAUUUCAGACUUGGAAAAUGAAAUUCAAGUUCAAAGGAAAAAUGCAAAUUCCUUGAAGGAUAUGAUGCGUGAGGUGCAGAAACUCAGGAGACGGUUAGAGCAGCAGGAUGAUUGUAGUAUUGGUGGAAAUGGCAGUAGCAGUGGUGGAGUACUUAGUGGUCGAUCAUCACAGUCAGCUACCCCUCAUGACUCAUUAUCCCAGGGCUCAAGAGCAUCGUCUAACACAUCUUUGAAUACUAUAGAAUACCAAAAUACAAAUGGAAGCAAUGUUCCUUCACAGGAUACUCUUCCUCCAUUAAAUGACCCUUUAAUAACACAGCAAGUCUUGGUAGAAAGAAUAAUCAAGCUUCAGAAAAAUGCUGCCAAGAAAGCCGAGAAAAUUGAGUUCCUAGAAGAACAUGUGAGUCAGUUGGUAGCCGAGUUAAAAAAGAAAUCGAGAAUUAUUCACCAUUACAUUAUGAAGGAGGAAGCUGGUGCAUUAUCCAACUCUGCAUCAGAUUCAUCAAAGGCUGAAUUAAUUAAGCAUGGAGGAAUCAUGGCAUCUGUGUAUGGUUCCUCACCUCGUGAUGGCAACAUGACCCUAGACCUCUCCUUAGAAAUCAAUAGAAAACUUCAAGCAGUAUUAGAGGACACACUUUUGAAAAACAUCACAUUAAAGUAA